AUGUGGAAGCAAGACAUUGGACAGUGGGUAGAGCGCAAGGGGCGCCGUGGUUGGGUUAAGCAGCAGCAGCAGCAGCAGCAAUCCAGCGCUCCACCGUCACCUGCGAGGCGGGUUGGUUUCCUCCCAGAAGGCUUUGAAGAUCGGCACGAGGAUGUGACGCUCAUGCCCGAUAUGGCGGCAAACGCGGCACACCCAAGCGGCGCCAGCGACAAUGCCGCGGCCCCCGCACCUGCGGGGGAGCGCUGGGUUGCUGUGUACGGCGCCUCGCCAGGGAGCAUCAUGGAGGUGCGGGAAUUCCUCGACGUCAUGUUUGGCCGGACCGUGGCGCACUACUACCCCAUGGCGUACGCAUCCGCAGGAAGCAGCGAAUUGACGCCCACUUUGGCGGGAGGCCAGAAUUGGUUCUACGUGAAAUUUGAGGAUCCGAUUUCGGCGGCGAGGGCCGUGUAUCAAAGUCCCCUGACCAUCUCCGUGGGCGGGGGCCGCGGGGCCGCUUCCGCGGCAGCGGGCGGUGCUGGCCCCGCGGCGAGGGAAGAGGUGGUUGGGGUGACGUGGUGCACGGAUGGGCACUUUCUGCGGCGGGAGCGCGAGGCGGAGCAGAGGCAGCGCGAGCCGCCGCACCCCAGAGGCGGCUCCACUGACAGCCACCGCAGUCAUCCGCGGCGGGCGGCGGACGGAGUCGAGAAUGCGGCGGGUGUGACGCCGCGUGGGGCGGAGCGUCUGCAUCGAGCGCAGCCCCCUCCGUCACUUAGCGAGGCAGAAAGCGGGGGACGGGCGUCGCGUGGUUUAGGAACGCUCCUCUACGAUGCGCUUUGCUCGCCCUGGCGCGGGCGAUGGACGGCGACCCCGUCCCGCGACCACUCCUCUCCAGACAUCGCUGCCAGCACAUCCUCUGGCUCCCUCGCGUCCUCUUCUUCGACCCACACGGAGGCGUUUCACGAGGACCGUGGGGCGGCGCACGGCGACGACGGCGGAGGCGGAGGCGGCGCUGCAGCGGAGGCGGCGGAGGCAGCGUCAGCCACGGGGGACUUCACCGUCCCCUCAUGUCUCCGCGCAAGAAAAGAGCGGCGCCACCACUACGAUGCGGAGCGUCAGCUUCACGGCGCCAUACCCGUUCGCCCGCUUCGCGGCAAUGAGUCGGUGCUGUGCGUCUUGCGCGCCGACGCCGCGGAACGCCGGCUCCUGCGACGCGUUGUUCUCGCCAUUGCCCGCCUGCCCUCCCGCAUCUCUCGCCUCUUGGUCUCCCCGGCGCUGCGGCACGAGGACCUUAACGCGGCCGUAGACGCCGCGGACGACAGCCAGUGGCUCUCGACGCUUGGGGGCCUCGUCGUGGAUCGGCGCAGCGGCCAGCGGCGACAGCUCCUACGCAAUCGCCACUACAACGCCGCUGCCCGUCUCCACGGCGUGAGCGGUGGCUACGGGGAGGCCUCCGUGAUCGCCGCCUGGACGCCGUGCCGCUGGUACGAACGCGCCAGCGUGACGUCUCUGCUUGCGUGCCUGUUUCUCAUCCUCCUCGUUUUCUUUUCAGGCGUCUGGGGUGGUGGGGCCUCCGUCAUCGAGGAUGCAGCCACCGGACGUUGGGGCAACGACACCGCCGCUGCCGCUACCGUGGUCGCGGACGCCGCCUACGACGGCGGCAAAUAUGCGGCCCCGCGCCUGGGGGCAGGGCAGCUGCAGGGCACUAUGUUUGCAGACGGCAUCCACGGCAGUGAUAGAUACAAGGCAAGAACCUUGUAA